AAAUUAUAUUUGAGAUUAUUUUAUUCGUCCAGCCUCGUUCUCAAUGUAAACAAACACGCCCACUUUUUGAAUGGAUAUUUGUUAAUUUGUUUCUUUGGGUUGUAUUAUAUCAACAGUGUACGCAUAUGUAUGAUUAUUGACUACACGGCCAUGAUCCUAAUCAUCAUGGGGGUUAGUGGGUGUGGAAAAUCCACAGUGGGAGAGGCCCUUUCUAACCAGCUUGAAUGGACACUUCUUGAGGCAGAUGACUUUCACUCAAAAGCAAACAAGGAUAAAAUGUCCAGGGGAAUCCCGCUAACAGAUGGUGACAGGGAACCUUGGCUAAUAGACAUACAUAAUCAUAUCAAACAGCUAGUCAGUCAGAAUCAGCAUUGUGUAGUGACAUGCUCAGCAUUAAAACAAUCAUAUAGAAAUAUCCUCCUUUAUGGAACACAUCACGGACAGCAACACAACAGUGCAAUUGAUGACCAAUCAGCACUGAAUACAACUUUUGUUUACCUAAAAGGAUCAAAGGAGAAACUAAUCAAACAAAUUGAGACACGAAAAAAUCACUUCAUGCCUGUAACCUUAUUGGAUUCACAGCUAGCUACUUUGGAGGAACCUACAGAAUGUAGACAUGUUGUGAUGAAUAUUGAUAGAAAGAUAGAAGAUAUUGUUUCAUCACUAGUUGACUAUGUCCAUAGUAUUGAAUAACAUUCACGUUCAAAUGACCACCUUCAAGUUGCCAAUUGAUUGAUUAUAUUGACACAGUUCUAAGACCUGAUAUCUCUUCUGAAAUACAGAUAUUGCAAUUGAAAAAUUUCUGUAUCAACACACUUGUGUGAUAAAAUAUUGCAUGUUAAAAAAUCUUUUUUUUGUAAUGUUUUUAAAACGUAAUAAUAGUAUCAAAUUCUUUGUAUAUCAUUGAACAACACUUUUAUUCCAACAACUGACUCAUGAGGUUCAAUGUUAAAAACACAAU